GAUGCGGUGUCGGCGCCCACCCCGGACCGGCCUCCAGAGGAGGCGGCAGCGGCGAGGAAGGAGGACGCGGGGGCGCCUGAGGCCAGGCCGGAGCCCGGGCCUGUCCGCCGGGAUGAGCCCGAGGAGGAGGAGGACGAUGAGGAUGACCUCAAGGCCGUGGCCACCUCCCUGGACGGCCGCUUCCUCAAGUUCGACAUCGAGCUGGGCCGCGGCUCCUUCAAGACGGUGUACAAGGGGCUGGACACGGAGACCUGGGUGGAGGUGGCCUGGUGCGAGCUGCAGGACCGGAAGCUCACCAAGCUCGAGCGGCAGCGGUUCAAGGAGGAGGCCGAGAUGCUCAAGGGCCUGCAGCACCCCAACAUCGUGCGCUUCUAUGACUUCUGGGAGUCCAGCGCCAAGGGGAAGCGGUGCAUCGUGCUGGUGACGGAGCUGAUGACCUCCGGGACGCUGAAGACGUACCUGAAGCGGUUCAAGGUGAUGAAGCCCAAGGUGCUGCGCAGCUGGUGCCGGCAGAUCCUGAAGGGGCUGCUGUUCCUGCACACCCGGACACCCCCCAUCAUCCACCGGGACCUCAAGUGUGACAACAUCUUCAUCACUGGGCCCACCGGCUCCGUCAAGAUCGGCGACCUGGGCCUGGCAACCCUCAAGAGAGCGUCCUUUGCCAAGAGUGUGAUAGGCACCCCCGAGUUCAUGGCGCCCGAGAUGUACGAGGAACACUAUGACGAGUCCGUGGACGUGUACGCCUUCGGCAUGUGCAUGCUGGAGAUGGCCACCUCGGAGUACCCCUACGCGGAGUGCCAGAACGCCGCGCAGAUCUACCGCAAGGUCACCUGUGGCAUCAAGCCGGCCAGCUUUGAGAAAGUGCACGAUCCUGAAAUCAAGGAGAUUAUUGGGGAGUGCAUCUGCAAAAACAAGGAGGAGAGGUACGAGAUCAAGGAUCUGCUCAGCCACGCCUUCUUCGCGGAGGACACGGGCGUGAGGGUGGAGCUGGCUGAGGAGGACCACGGCCGGAAGUCCACCAUUGCCCUGAGGCUCUGGGUAGAGGACCCCAAGAAACUGAAGGGCAAGCCCAAGGACAAUGGGGCCAUAGAGUUUACCUUUGACCUGGAGAAGGAGACGCCAGAUGAUGUGGCACAGGAGAUGGUAAACACGGUGCACUUGGACACUCAGAAUGUCCAGAUGCGGCCGGCGGGCAGCCGGGCACUGGCACCUGCUUCCCUUCUGGCAGGAGGCGUCGUCCAGCCCCUGCCCUCUUCCUGCCGACCUGACCCCGAGCCCGAGGCGGACCAGCACCUCUUGCCCCCUGCGCUGCCGGCCAGUGCCACCUCCCUAGCCUCGGACAGCACGUUCGACAGCGGCCAGGGCUCCACCGUGUACUCGGACUCACAGAGCAGCCAGCAGAGCGUGGUUCUGGGCUCACUGGCAGAUGCCGCCCCACUCACCGCCCAGAGCGUGUGCAGCGCCCCCGUGAGCGUGAGCGUGAGCGUGAGCGAGGGGCUCGUCCUGACACACAGCCUGCCCUCGCUGGGGGCCUACCCGCAGCCCGCCACGCCUGGCCUGCCGGCGGGCUCCAUCCCACCCUCCACCCGCGCUUCGCUCCCACCGCAUUUCCCGGAGCCCGCCGUGAGCUUUGCCCCUGUGCUGACCGGCCCAGGCCAGCCCAUACCCUCGGGCCACCAGCCUCCACUGGCCCAGCCAGCGCCCCUGCCACAGGUCCUGGCCCCGCCGCCCGUGCGCCCUCUCCAGCCGGUGCCCGCUCACCUGCCUCCGUACCUAGCUUCGACCUCCCAGGUGGCUUCGGUGCAGCCGACGCCCAUCCAGAUGCCACCGGUGCCUCUGCAGCCACUCACUCCUGUCCCCCCGCAGAUGCCUCCACCUCCUGUCAUCCCGCCAGUUGCUCCGCUGGCUGCAGUCGACAGCCUCCCCUCGGCGCUCCCCGACCUGCCGGCUGCCAGUGGUCCUGCGGUGCCACCUCCGUCUCAGUAUUUCUCUCCUGCUGUCAUCUUGCCAAGCCUCCCGCUCAGUGCUGCCGGCCCCCUGCCCGCGUCACCAGCCCUGCCUCUGCAGACGGUCAAGCUUCCCCACACCGCCGGGGCACCCCUGGCCAUGCCAUGCCAGACCAUUGUGCCAAAUGUGGCGGCCACCGCCACUGCCAUCCCCCUGCUGGCCGUGGCCCCACAGGGCGUGGCCACCCUGUCCAUCCACCCAGCCGUGGCCCAGCUCCCGGCCCAGCCCGUGUACCAGGCAGCCUUCCCGCAGAUGGUGCCCAGUGACGUCCCGCCUUCUCCUCUCCACACGGCGCAGACUGUGCAGGCUGCCCCUCUGCAGCCGGCACCCCCCGUGCUGCCGCAGCCCUGCCUGCCCAGCGUCACCCACCUUCCUGAGCCGGCUGCUGUCCCCCCGGUGGGGAGCCAGAUCCUGCUUGGCCACCCGCCUCCGUAUGCUGUGGAUGUCACCGCCCAGGCCCCCGCGGGGCCCACUCCUGCGGCCGUCCUCUCUCCGCCCGUGCCAGAAGGGCUGCCCCCCGCUGCCCCCGAGCACCUGCCACAGCUCCCCAGCUCGCAGGCCCCCGUGCCGAUGGCUGCGACUCCAAGCUUGCCUGUCCAGUCCGCUGCACUGCCCCCUGCCAACCUGCCCCUGACCAGUGGGCCUGGGCUCGCCAGCCUCAGCUCAGCUGUCCAGCUGACUGUGGAGUUGGCUCCGGAGGAGCAGGCCUCCCAGGACACGCAGCCUGGCCUCCUGCAGAGCUGUGAGAGCUACGGAGGGUCUGACGCCCCUUCUGGAAGGGAGCUGAGUGACAGCGGUGACGGCACCUUCGGAGCGGGGAGGCUGGAAGGCAGGCCGGCCCGGAAACACCACCGCAGGUCCACACGCACGCGAUCCCGCCCGGAGAGGCUCAGCCGGCCCCGGCUGACCAUCCUGAAUGUAUGCAACACAGGUGACAAGAUGGUGGAGUGCCAGCUGGAGACGCACAACCACAAGAUGGUGACGUUCAAGUUUGACCUGGAUGGGGACGCACCCGAUGAGAUCGCCACCUACAUGGUGGAGCACGACUUCAUCCUGCAGGCCGAGCGGGAAACGUUCAUUGAGCAGAUGAAGGAUGUCAUGGACAAGGCAGAGGACAUGCUCAGUGAGGACACGGACGUGGACCGUGGCUCCGACCCGGGGGCAAGCCCACCACCCCUCAGCACCAGCAGCCUGGGUGCCGGAGAGGAGAAGCGCCAGUCCCAAGCCAACGCCCCAGUGUAUCAGCAGAACGUCCUGCACACUGGGAAGAGGUGGUUUAUCAUCUGUCCGGUGGCUGAACACCCCGCUGCAGAGGCCCCCGAAUCUUCGCCCCCACUUCCUCUGAGCUCCGUGCGGCCAGAAGCCAGCCCAGACCCAGCUCCCUGCAAAGACCAGUUGUCCUUGAAGGAAAAGCCCAGCGCCCCGGCCGGUGUGCAGCCUCCGAAGCCACCAGGCUCCAGGGACACCACCGGGGGCACACCAGCCCCUGCAGUGCCAUCCUCCCCUCCUGUGACUGCUGUGCCCCAGGACAUGGCUGCACCAACCGCCAGCCCCAGGCCAGAGCCAGCGAGGGGGACUGCCAUGCAGGCAGGGGCUCCAGUGACCUCUCAGGGGAUGGCCAACGAGUGUGAUGCCCCCCAGCCACCGGCAGAGACUCGUGAUGCCCAGCUGGCUGCUAGGCCCCUGGAUGUGGCCCCAGGGCCCUGCGCCUCCCCUCCAGAGGCCCCGCUUCACCCCGCAGCAGCACCUGUGAGCAGCACCCUGGGCCCCGCGGGAGGCCAGGCAGCCUCGGGCUCACCUGCAGCAACCAGGGCCCCUCAGGAAGACGUUGGAAUAAAUGCCGGCUCCUUUGAGCAGCCGCACCGCCCACGCUCCCGUCCGCUGCCCGGGCCGGGGAGGCCCACCCAGCCCUCCUCUGCUCCCCCCUGCAGGCACCUGCGGGAGAUCUCAGAGCUGCAGAGCCAGCAGAAGCGAGAGAUCGAAGCCCUGUACCGCCGCCUGGGCAGGACGCUGCCCCCCAACCUGGGGCUCUUGCACACGGCCCCCCCUGCCGGCCGCCGGAGGAAGGCCAGCAGGAGCAAGCUGAAGGCUGGGAGGCUGCUGACUCCACUGGUGCAGCAGCUCAAGGUCGUGGCCUCCAGCACAGGUCACUUGUCAGACUGCAGCCACGCCCCUCUUGCCCAGGACCCCGCCAGGGCCGGGGCAGGGCCCGCCGCAGCGGCAGACUCCUGUGGGAAGGCAGUGCAGACCCAGCAGCCUUGCUCCGUGCGGGCCUCCUUGUCUGCAGACAUCUGCUCCGGCUUAGCCAGUGACGGGGGCGGAGCGCACGGCCCAGGCUGGACGGUUUACCACCCAACGUCUGAGAGAGUGACCCAUAAGUCUAGUAGCAAACCUCGCGCUCGAUUCCUCAGUGGACCCGUGUCUGUGUCCAUCUGGUCUGCCUUGAAGCGUCUCUGUCUAGGCAAAGAGCACAGCAGUCGGUCCUCCACCAGCAGCCUGGCCCCAGGCCCCGAGCCGGGCCCUCCCGCUGCCCUGCACGCCCAAGCGCAGGUGAACAACAGCAACAACAAGAAGGGCACGUUCACGGAUGACCUGCACAGACUGGUGGACCAGUGGGCCAGCCAGACGGCCGGGGCUCCACAGCUGAAGCCGUCACUCAACCAGCUGAAGCAGACGCAGAAGCUGCACGACAUGGAGGUGACAGCUGGCUGGCCCCCGGCCUCCGGCGAGAUUCGGGCUAUGAACACACCUCGAGCAGCAGUGGGGACACCAUGUUUGGCCCUGGCGUCCGGCCCUCUACCCACCACGGUCAUUCCUGGAACUGCCCUGGCCCUGCCCGUGCCCAUGCCAGGUACUGCCCUCUCUGGCCUCUCCGCCCCACCCUGUGCAUGGCCUCUGGGCCAGUACAGAAGCCCGCUUCCAGCUCCUGUGUCCUGGGGUCCCUGGGCCACCCAGGCUGGCAGCCGGAGCUCUACCUGGGGGCCGGGUGUGGGCACAGCCGGGGCGCCCAUGCUUCCUGAGUUCCUGUGGCCACCUGUGGUUAGCAUGCCAGGCCCCAGGCCAUGGAUCCUGUAGCUCUGUCUAGCCACUUGCCAGAUGGAACGUGUUGAACUGAAUGCCCAUAGGAGUCGGGCUGUGGUUUGGCCUGCUGGUCCUGCCCCACCUGCCCGAAGUGCCCAGGGAAGGGCCUGCUGCUGACCCCACUUACCCCCAAGGUUCCCAUAGGCCACACUCACCAUCUUGCAUCCACUUUCUGUACUUGAAUCGAAGCUUAGCACGUUGUAAUCGCCCUGCAGGAUUACAGUGCCUGGGACUCCAGCUUUCCUGUUCACCGAUGGAAAGAGAUGUGUAAAAUCAUGUAUUGGAAAAGGAGUAUUUCAUUGACAACGGGCUUGUGUGUUGAUACCUUAUUUCCCAUUGUAAGUUUAGAGAGAGAUCAGUGGUUUACAAAUCGGAAGCUGCAGUCUGACCUUUAGGUGCUGUAAGUGGUCAUUUUUUUAAAUUGAACUAGUGACCUUGACUAUGAAGAAUUGCAGAUGGUGGGGAGCCCUGCUUCCUGCGUGUAGGAGGCCUCUUGGGCUCCACGUCCCUGGGCGCAAACAUGAGCACACCCACAGCUGCAGGCGGGCACUGCCCGGCGCCAGUGUGUGUGGUCCCGGCCGUGCGUUUGUCUCAGUGAGGAAUGUUAGCAGCUGUGUUUGGCUGUGUAGAAGCUGCUGGAAAGUGCUAGGUGAGCAGACAAGCCCUCGGACCCACAGCCAGGCAGGACUGCUGUGAGCUGGGAGGUGAGGGUGUCUGCUCCUGGGAGCUGCCUCCUUCCUGCAGACACAGCACCCCCUUGGCUCGGCACCCCUCCUCCUGCUGGCCUCCUUUUCCCCAGGCCUGGGGCUGCCUGCCCCCCUCUGUGGCCUGCUCUACCCCUGCAUAUCCCCUCCCGCACCCCUGGAGCCCCAGGCUGCUCUCCAGAUUCCAUGGCUGCCCAGCAAGGGGCAGUGGGACUGGCCCAGAGCGGCAGGAGCCUGGCGGGAGCUGGAGGCCCUGUCCCUCACUGUCCACUGCUCGGGAGGCCCUGGGGGCUGCGCAGCUGUGACUGCAGACACCGUGUCCUGGGACCUCGCUAGCACGGCUCACUUGCUUUGGUGUCUAUGUCUUACUCCGUCAGUUCAGUGAGGAUUGACUUGUGGGGAGGUUGUGCAGCGUCUUCUGCCGGCUGCACGCGCGGCUUCUUUCUCCGCGAGGUGCCCCUCGGUCUCUUGUUGAGUUUUGUGUCCGGAAGCCCCACCCCGCACCCUGCAGCCCACUGCACCCUCGGGAGUGUUGGCGCUCGGCCUUGUACACGCAGGGCCAGUGGCACAGAAUCCCCAGGAGACUGUAUAUGAAGGAGAAAAAUAAACAUUUUUGUUGGAAAAUAA